GGCCAAGUGUUCUUCAUCCCUAUACUUCCGUAAGAGUUCCCUCUCCGGCUCUCCCCAAAACUCGCAGCAAACAAGAUUAUAAAUCUGUCUCUACUCUGCUUAGCCGACUCCUUCACUGAAACUUCUCUGGCCGUGUAAGGCCAAGGCCUAGGGAGAUGAUGAGGGAGUGGAACGCAUGCCGAAAUGAGUUCACGGGAACGACCUUGGCGACUUCUAGCUAGUUAUUGUUUCGUUUCAGUAUUUCAGUAUUAUAAUAAAGAGAGUAUUAUUAAGAAAUUUUAUUUAAGGUUUGAAGUUUGAAUAAAUUCCUGGAUCCAGGUGGUUAUCAGAUUUGUUGGUGAUAACUAGAUUUUAUUGAUUUUUAUUUGGAGUUAUAUUUUAGUUAUAUUUGAGAUUUUGUCAGAGUUAUUGCUUAUACAAACGGCCGUUAUAUUACAGUACUAUUUUUUUAAAAGUAGUAAGUUAGUGUAACGUAUCCUUUAACCCUGAGAGGGGCGUUACACACCACAUGCCAUUUAUACACAAAUACCCUCAGCCGACCUCCCUGUGGACCUUUUGGAUCACCAAAUUGGUGAUGGACACCAAUAUUGUCUCCCCGGGAGAAUACCACUCCACUACCAACAAGAACAACCCCAACAAGAACAACCUGCAUAUGAACCACCACCCCUCAUUCCUGAACAACCUCAACCACAACCCAAUGCUCACCAAUAUUCACCAUUUGAGCAAGAAAUGCUAAAUAGCAUGAAUGCUCUUAACCUCAACUACACUCAACUUCGGGAGGAAGUUGUGUUGUAUAGAACUGAGCAAAGGCAGAACUAUGAGAGGAUCGAGGAGCAAAGGCAAACGGAUUGGCGGAGAUACGAAGAAGAUCGGCGGAGAGAUCAGGAGGACCAGAGGAGGACUUUUGGCCCUAUCUACUCCUAUGUAGCACAUCAGGGUGACUUUGUCGCUGUGACUCCUCCUCCUCCGGCACCGUCAUGGUAUAACCCCACUGAAUGGGGUUAUUUUGGCGGUUCGAGCUCUAGUGGUGGAGGCGGGGAUGACGGAUAAGGCGGUGAUCACAUGGAUGAGGAUACACACUUUAGGGGCUAGCAGGGCUAUGGAGGAUUCUAUGAUGGCGGAGAUGCAGGUGGGAACUAGGGACUGUGCCAUGGACUAGUGGUGGGGGAGAUCUUUCCGGAUCCUAAGAGUGAUGACCAAAGAGAGUUCGUUGCAUGAGGUUGUUGGAUUUGAAGAUCCCGUGAUGUAUUAAUUUUUUAGUAUUUCG